GCUGGAGAUCCGCGCUUCUUACUGAAUUAUUUCCUCAGAAAGACCUCUGGGAGAGAUGGGCGGCGGGGGAGAAACUAGUCCUGGCCGUUACGCUCAUUUGCAUGUAAUUUUCAUAUUGGGUUUUAAUUCUUUUGAGAAUCAGUGAGGAGCAAAACAGAAAAAGAAGAAGAAAAAUCCCCUCAGCGACCCUUGGCUCUAAGUAGCGAAACCAUGGAACUUCCUCCGAGUGUACAGCCUGCUAAAGCCAUCAAGCCGAUAGAUGGUAAAUCGGUUCACCAGAUCUGUUCAGGACAGGUGGUGCUGAAUCUGUGUACUGCAGUGAAAGAACUCGUAGAAAAUAGCAUAGAUGCUGGUGCUACCAGUGUUGAAGUGAAACUUAAAGAUUAUGGAGCAGAUCUUAUUGAAGUUGCUGAUAACGGUUGUGGUGUAGAAGAAGAAAACUUUGCAGGCCUGACUUUAAAACAUUAUACUUCCAAGAUCCAAGACUUCUCUGACCUGUUACAUGUUGAAACAUUUGGCUUCCGAGGGGAAGCUCUGAGUUCCCUAUGUGCAUUAAGUGAUGUUUCUGUUUUUACUUGCCACAAAUCUGCAAAAGUUGGAACACGCCUGGUGUUUGAUCACAGUGGGAAAAUCACUUUGAGAACACCCUUCCCCCGGCAACAGGGGACAACUGUCAGUGUGCAACAGUUGUUUUAUACAUUGCCGGUACGGCAUAAAGAAUUUCAGCGCAACAUAAAGAAGGAGUAUGCAAAAAUGGUUCAGGUAUUACAAGCAUACUGCAUAAUUUCAGCAGGAGUUCGAAUUAACUGCACCAAUCAGGUUGGCCAAGGGAAGAAGCAACCUGUGGUAUGCACUACUGGGAGCUCAACCUUAAAGGAAAAUAUCGGAGCAAUAUUUGGACAAAAACAGGUGCAAAGCCUGGUUCCUUUUGUUCAGUUACCUCCGAGCGAUGCUAUCUGUGAAGAAUAUGGCCUGAAUUUUUCUGGUAUGCCAACCAAACUUUAUACUAUCACAGGGUUUGUUUCCCGUUGUGAUCAUGGCGUUGGGAGAAGCACCACAGACAGACAGUUCUUCUUUAUUAACCAGCGGCCAUGUGAUCCAUCAAAGGUUUCCAAAGUUGUGAAUGAAGUGUACCACAUGUACAAUAGACACCAGUAUCCAUUUAUUGUUCUCAACAUAUGCCUGGAUUCUGAAUGCGUUGAUAUUAAUGUGACACCCGAUAAAAGGCAAAUACUACUGCAGGAAGAGAAACUUUUAUUGGCAAUUCUAAAAAGUUCAAUGAUUGGAAUGUUUGGCAGUGAUGUUAAUAAACUUGUCAUCAAUCAGAAAUUGCCAGAUGCUGAAGGAAACUUUAAAAUGGUGUGUCGAGAUGAAGCAGAAACACCUAUCUGUGAAACAUCUUCUGAUUCCUUGCCUCAGAAUCUGAAAGGAAAUGCAAAAAUAGCAAUGACUGUAGCCAGACUUAGGGAAUCCUUUUCUCUUCCUCAAGUAAAAAAGACCACUUUUCCGAGUGCUGAAAAUAACAAACAGCAACAUAGUUCUCCCGGACAGAGAAAACUUCUGACAUUUUUUAACGUUUUAGAUUCUCCAAAUAGGAAGACUGGCUCUAGCAAGGAGGCUGAGGUGGAUUCAAGCGCAUCCCUGCUGGCUAAUAGAAAUUUCAAGAAAUCAGCAGAAGAUACGGAUUCUGGUUGUGGUAGUGCCUCGACAGAGCCAGAUGUGGGAUUAAGCACUCCAGAUCUUAGUAGCUGUUUCAGCUGUGAAAGUGCAAUUAGCUCCCCUGAUGAAGAACUCCACAUUUUCAGAGAUGAAAUUCAAAGCAGCAGUCUUGAGACUAGGGAGCAGUUCUGGGGUGCAGAACAUGAAUCAAACCAAAACAAUCGGACUACGAUAUCCCAACAGGCCAACAGUUCAUCCCCCAAAAUGAAACGUCUUAAGGUCAGCCAGCCUCUUUCACAGGUAGCCAAUUCAACGGAGACAAAGGAAUUUCAGGGUUCUGUAGUCCAACCAUCGCAAUAUGAUGUACCUAUGGAAGUUCAAAAGAGAACCAUACCGCUGGAGUUCUCUCUGAGCAGGUUGGCGGACAGAAUAAAGAAGCUAAUUCGGCUGCAGGAGAUGAAAGCAGAAACGUUGAAUUACAGAAAAUUUAGGGCGAAAAUUAAUCCAGGGGAAAAUAAAACAGCAGAGGAUGAAUUAAGAAAAGAAAUAAGCAAAGAUAUGUUUGCUAAAAUGGAUGUCAUUGGCCAGUUCAAUUUGGGAUUUAUAAUAGCCAAGCUGAACUCUGACCUCUUCAUAAUUGAUCAGCAUGCUUCAGAUGAGAAAUACAACUUUGAGAUACUACAAGAACACACCAUUCUGCAAGGGCAGAAACUCAUCACGCCUCAGAAUCUUAAUUUAACUGCUGUAAAUGAAAGUAUAUUGAUGGAUAACCUGGAAAUCUUCAGAAAAAAUGGAUUUGAUUUUAUAAUUGAUGAAGAUGCUCCGGUUACCCAAAGAGUUAAGCUCGUUUCUUUACCAACAAGCAAAAACUGGACUUUUGGUCCACAAGAUAUAGAGGAGUUAAUAUUCAUGUUAAGUGAUUGCCCAGGUGUGAUGUGCAGGCCUUCCAGAGUAAGGCAGAUGUUUGCUUCUCGAGCAUGUAGAAAGUCUGUGAUGGUUGGGACAGCACUUAAUGGAAAAGAGAUGAAGAAACUGAUUAUCCACAUGGGUGAGAUUGAGCAUCCUUGGAAUUGUCCACAUGGAAGACCUACAAUAAGGCACAUAGCCAAUCUAGACCUCAUUUCACAAGAAUAACAAGCCCUUAUUCAUCUUUUUUUUUGGUAUAUCUGACCAUUGAUUUCACUGUGAAUGCUGUUUGUGACCCCUCUUUUUCUUAGAAUCCCAGUUUAUCAUGGAACUUUCCUUAAUUUUGCCAGACCAAAAGCUCAAAUAACCAUUUCAUGCUGUAAAAGAAUAGCAACUUUAUCAAAUGGGCAGGCAGAGUGGUUACAAAGAAGUGUGAAUGAGUAUAUACUUGUCCAUGUCCUGCCUUCCCUACAAUGUAACAAGCCAUAGGAUCCUCAGAUCUAUGAAGAUAUUGCAUCAUGACACCAGCACAGAGCCAAGGACAUUCCCCUUGCAACAGUGCGAGUGAACUGCCAUUAAGUUCUUCCACAAGACCCUUUGAGUACUCUUUGACGGAAAGAAAGACCCAGCAGAUUGAGUAGUCCCAUUUCUCUGGAUUCAGGGCUGGUUGAAGUUGCAAUUGCUGUCUUUGGAAUAAUCCAGAAUCUCUUGAUUUUGACAACCCAAGGAAUGCUGUUUCUGUCUAUUGGGCCACCUCUGCCUCCAUUGAUUUAUUAGCCAUUUAUGCCGGUAUAGUUGCAUUGCAAUAGUAGCAUGCUAUAAACCUUUUCUUCUCAGAUAGUCUGUAUAUAGAAGAAAUUACAUGUACAUACAUUCUUACCUUGAAUGGCUUCAUAUUUUU